AGGGAGAACUUUUUAAAUAAGUUGCAGUAUCCACAAACACCAUUACAUCCAAUCACAACCCACCACCUCCACGUCCACCUCCACCUCCAACACCGCCAUCUCUCUCUCUGCAUUUCUCUCUCUACUACUCUGUUUUUCCUCAGUGGAUCUCCUUCUCUCUCUCUCCUCAAAGAUUUUAACAAUUUUUAGAUUCAUUCCUUGAAGCUUGCUCUCUUGUUGUUCCAUUCUGGUAAUAUUUCCUAAGCUUUCUUUCUCUGUUCGUUUUUACUCGCAGACACAGACUUCAAGGAAAAAAAGCAAGAAAGCACCACCUGACUUUUCCUAUCUUUUCUUUCACAAGCCCCAAUUCCUCAGAAUUCAGAAUCUCCCUUUGUUUGCCAUUUGGUGGUUUCCAUUUUCCAGCUUUUGGGUACUCUCCCUUGUACUCUCCAAGUCCCACAUGAACUGUCCUUUGCCAUAUAUUCUCAGCUUUUCUCUCUCUCUCUCUCUCUCUCUCUCUCUCUCCUAGUUAGGAUAUCAAGAGGUUGAAGCUGAAGAAAACAGAGUGUCAAGUUUCCUCACUUAUUAAUUACCCUUCCUCUGUUUUAAUUCUACAAGUCUCUAUUUCAAUUUCUUUCAAUUUUUUCCCACUUUUUUUUUUUUUAUCCUGGAAAGUUAUGGGUUCAGAGCUCUGUGGGUAGUUCUAGGGUUUUUAUUUUGUCUUAAGAGGAGAUAAUUCUUUUUGAACUCUGUUUUUCUUUAAUUAUUUCAAUUUUUGGAUACUUUCUCUCUGAUUUUGAAAAGGUGGGUCUUUUCAAGAUUCCUGAGGGAGGGUUGGCUAUUGAGAAAAAGGGAUUCCGAUUCCUUGCAAAUGCUUCUUGAUUUAACACUGAUAUUGUUGCCAUUGUAAAAUCAAACUCCACCGCUGUGCAUUUCUUGUCUCUUCUGCCUCUCUCUUGCUCACCAUACUUCAUUUUUCUCCCAGAUGAAUCUUCCAUCCAAAAUUGAUCAUUACUAGAGAGUAUUAGUUGAGUAUUUUGAUGUGAUGAGGUGGGGAAUGGAGAUUUUAUCACCGGCAUCGUAUUUUCCGAGCUCGAAUUGGUUGAUUGAAGAGAGCAGGAGCACAAGAUGGACACCAGCAGAGAACAAGAUGUUUGAGAAUGCUCUUGCGAUUUUCGAUAAGGACACACCGGAACGGUGGGAUCGAGUGGCGGCAAUGAUACCAGGGAAGACGGUUGGGGAUGUGAUGAAGCAGUAUAAGGAAUUGGAAGAUGAUGUGAGCAUUAUUGAAGCAGGGUCGUUUCCAGGUCCUCAUUGGUAUAGUAGUACCUCCCCUUUUACAUUGGAAUGGGGAAACAACCAUGGGUUUGGUGGAUUCAAGCAGGGGUAUGGGCCCGGUGGAAAGCGAUCUUUAUCGACUCGGCCUUCGGAACACGAGAGGAAGAAGGGGAUCCCAUGGACAGAAGAAGAGCAUAAGUUGUUUUUGUUGGGUCUUAAAAAGUAUGGCAAGGGAGACUGGAGAAACAUUUCGCGCAAUUAUGUGAUGACCAGAACGCCAACGCAAGUGGCUAGCCACGCCCAAAAGUACUUCAUCAGGCAGCUUUCGGGUGGAAAAGAUAAGCGAAGAGCGAGCAUUCAUGACAUAACAACUGUCAACCUCAACGACAACCAAACUCCUCCACCGGAGAAUAAAAGGCCACCUCCUUCGCCAGACCACUCAUCCGCGGUUUCCCAGCAGCCAAACGCUGCUUCAAUGAACAGAACACAAUUCCAAUGGAAUCAGCCCAAUGGCGGUGGAUCAACAAUGGCUUUCGACACAACACUUGGAAACAUGUUUAUGCCUCCUCAUGGGAUCAACUCAUAUGGGCUUAAAUUGCAGCCUCAGAAUCUGCUGAAAAGUUCUAUGCAUGAAUCUUAUGUCGGAUCCCAAAACAUGGUAUUUCCGAUGCAAUCCGCACAUCACUUCCCGGGCUGAUGAGAUAGACGUAGUUGUUCUGAAUAUUCUCAUCGGUUCAAAAUGUAUCAUCUUUCAUUCAGUUCUGUAGCUUGCUUGUGUUUGUGCAUUUUUUUUUUUUGCGUGUGAAUAUGUUAUUUGGCAAUUGAGUUUUAGUCCUUAGUAUUUGAGCUUGAGAGAGAUAGAGAGAGACAGGAUUAUUGUUGGAACUCCAAAUUAUGAAAUAUGAUAAUGCCCAAACAAGACAUUCUCAACACUUGGGAACUUAGGCUUUUCUUGCAUCUAAA